GCAACGACCAAAGCCAAAACAAAGUAGACGCCGACGAACUGAGCGUGUCAUCACUUUUCUAAGUUUAUUCCGAUUGCUAUUUAUUUUUUGAGUAGAAGAUCAAGAGCUGUGAUCUAAGAAGAUCACUGUACAAGGUAGAAUGAAUAUCGACGUGGACGACUUCAUGCGACGGUCAUCAACGAGAUAUAACUUCCAGUACAUCAACCUUAGCAAUUUGGAUCGAAUAAUUCGCAAUGUUCAGCGAAAUUCCGAUACGAAGGCUGAACCGAAAUCCGUCAGUGAGAUUAAGCCUAGGCCACAACAACAGAACGGCACGGCUCGAUUGCUUUCCGAGGACGAGAUCAACGAGAUUCUUCGGGUGGCAGAGGAGGAUCUACGGGAUAAAGAUCCCGGCCCGGUGGAAUUGAGGGUAGAUGAGGAUCUAAAGACUUUUGAGGCGGAGCAAGAUGAUCAUGACAGUGAUCAGACCGUGACUUCCUUUUCAUCACGCUGUUCAUCCGUUUCGUCCAUCAUGGUGUCGUCGUCCAAGGAAUUAGAAAGCCGUCAAUCUGACGAUGCUGCAGAUAUUGAGGAUAAUCUACGGUUCGAGGAUGACGACUUUACAUUGAACGGAUUUGCGCUGAGUUCUAGUGAAUCCCAGCUGAACGUUGAACAGAAUCAGCAAAUUCAGAAUUCGAUCGAUACCUGUUUUGAGUUCAUGGAUUCGGAGUCAAUUGUUGAGGAGGUCAUUUUAGAACCUGACGAAGAACGCGACGGAGAUUCGGAGGGAUCCGUCAAUGUGGCCCCCAUUAUAAGGGUUCGAUCUCCCGUCAAGCCAGCCUCAGCGAUCAUCAAAACCUAUGAACAAGAAUGCGAAGAGCCUGUGAAUCAAGUGCAACCGGUUCUGGACUUUGCCGCCAUCGAACGGAAUAGUAGAAACUCAAAACGUAGCAAGCAAUCGUUCGGACAGAAGAUCCCCUCCUUGGAACGGAUACGACCUCCAUCAAGAAAAUCGCUAGUGGAAGAGUUCGACACGUUCAUCAAGAUUACCGAGCUGCAGAAGAAAAUCUGUUUGAUGAUUGAUGACAUACGGCAUUGUUUGGGGAAGGUUGACGAACCCGAGGAUGAACUAGAACUUAAGAAACGAGAGAAGCGGACGGCGGAGUUUCUCAUAAGAUUUCAGCGCAAUUACUUGUACCAGAUCAAUCGCCUCGAAGAGGACGUUUGUGUGAUAUCCAAGAGCUCUUCGGAGUUUGCUCAGAAGGUUUACCAACUGUAUAGAUUGAUCUAUCAAGGGUUGAAGUUCUACCUGAAGAACAUGAAGUAUUUUGUGAUAAGUGUGAGUCCUGAAAAGCUUUGGACAUUAGUGAAACAGAUCAUGAGCUCGACAAAACUGUGUGUUCAAAAGGAAAUCUUCGACGAGGAUGAUCUGAUAGUGGAGGAAAUCUACGAAAAGUGCCUUAAUUUAAGAAGAAGUUUGAAAGACGAAGCCAACAAAUUGAAGAGUAAAUCCAAAAAAGAUAAAUCGUCGAAAACUCCUGCAAUGAAACCUUCCACGGCUUCUACUCAUGUUACCAAACUCUCCAUGUACGGAUCAACAAAUGUUGCCCCCAAACGGCGUCCUCCUCAACGGAAAAAUGCCUCUCAUCCCAGCAAAAAAUCCGUGAAUGUCAAGCAGAGUUCCCCAAAACCCACAAAAGACGUUCCCAAGAAGACUCCCCGAGGCAGAAUUCUAGCCGUACCGAUGACCAAAUCCAGCUCUUCUUCGCUAGGCCAAACCAAGAGCCUAGCCCGAGUGCGAUCCGCUCGAACACCGGCCAAAACCAUUGACGAUGUAGUGACGUUGAUCCAGCAACAAACGGACCCACUAGCCGAUUCUCGCCUCCUCAAGGAGGUAUCCAGCGCACUGACCAAGAUGUCCUCCAGUCGGGAUGCUGCAAUCAGUCCUGAGGUGAAUCAACAGCUGCAUCAGCUCAUCAUGGAAACGAUCCAGAACAUCACCCAGCAGCAGUUGAAGCAGCUGAUCCCAUCGCUCGAGGUAGGUUAUCAUCUAAUGCUUUUCACAUGGUUUUAUCGUUAA